AUGAAAUAUUUAUUGACAUCUCAUUAAAAAGAAAUCAAAUUAUUCACUUCUGAUAUUCCUUUACCUAAGAAUUUAUUUAAUCUUGAAUUAGAAAUCAUCAUAGCUUUGGCAGAAAAAGAAAAAGAAUACUUCUCGCCAUAUCCUCAUAGUUAUUAUUCAGAUAGUGAAGUAGUUAUUUAUUGUCAAAAAUGUAAUUAUUUAAUUAAACAAAAUGACAGAUUAUAAAAAUUUUAAUUUCCAUCUUAUUUAAGAUUGAAAUUAGACAAUCUUACAUAUAUCAAUGCACAAUAAUAAUGUAAUAUAUGUCGAACUACUUUACUUUCUAUAUCAUAAGGUUUUAUUAUUUUUCAAUUUUACUAUAAAGUAUUUUACUUGAGUGUCAUUGAUAAUCUUAUUAAUUCAAUCAUCGAUUAUAAAUCACAAUCAAGUGAUAAAUGUAAAAUUGAAGAAGAAGAAGAAGCUUUGAAUCAUAUUUAUAAAAUCUCAAAUCAAAACAAUAUAGAUUUUAAAAUAUCAAAAUAAAAUAAAUAAGAAAAUAAAGAGGAAGGAAAUGAAAAGAAAUAUAAUAUUUUUGAUAUUCAAUAUCCAAGUAUCGAAAAAUCAAAUGAAAUACUAUCUCCUCAAAUUAAUACUUUACGAUAACCUGAGUAAUCUACAAAAAUUAAAAUUGUCAAUAAUACAUAACAUAGUAUAAUGAACAUAAAUUAAUUUAUUUAAGUUAUGUUUCUAUCAAAUGAAGGAGAUGAAAAAUCAUAAAUAUUUAAUUUAAUUUCAAAUUUAAAGUAGAAAAAAUAUAGAAUGAAACGUAUUGAAUAAUUUACAUAAAGUCCAGUCAUUUCAGAAUAAUUCAUAUUUCACAAUUGCCCAAUAAUGGAGUUUGAACUCUAUGAAGAUGAUAAAAUCAUACCUUAUAGAGAAUAUUUCUCAAAAUAUUCAAUCCACUUUUUUUUUAUUUUUAUACAGUAUUAAAGAACUGAUACAAUGAAUAAAAAAGUAUUAGAUAUGAUUAAAAAACUUUAUCCUUUAGAUAGAUAAAGAAUGGCCAUAAUAGUAACCAAUUGGUCUGGUGAUAUUAAACAAAAGAUUGAGGUACAAUAAAAGUUUAAACAUUAUUGUUUUAAAUAAAUUAUAUUUUUACCUUAAAAAGCUAGAAAACAAGAAAUUUUAAAAGAAGUUGAAUAGUGUUUAUAAAAUGUUAAUGCUAUUCAAUAGAAUUUUAAAAACACUGUAUUUGAAGUGAAUAAUAAUGUUUAUGCUGAUGAACUAAUAAAUAGAUUUGGUUUAAAUUAUUAAAUGUCUAAAUUAAGGAAUAGAGAUAAUUAAGAUAAUUAUUUACAAGAUUUAGAGAUUGAAAAGAAGAAAAGAGAUGAAGAAUUAUUAAAAGAAGAAAUACUUUAAAUGAAACAAUUAUAAAAUUAAAGAUUAGAAAGAAAAAGAAAUUGUGGAAGAAAGAAGAAAGUAGAAACAUAAAACAAUUAGGAAAUAAUUUCAAAAAGAAUAAGAAAAUAAACUACAAGAGUAGUAUAGAAGAGAAUUAAAAGAUGA